ACAAGAUGCGCAGGUUAUGUACUUUCACGUGUUGUUUGAUGUUUUUGCGUGGUGUGGUUGUACAUGCUCUCAAAUUUGUGUUUAACUAUAACAAUAAACAAAUGAUAGUUAUAAAUAAUUAACGAAACGCGCAGAAAUGGGUUUAACAAAGCAGUAUCUUCGGUAUGUGCCCGCUGGCAAUUUCAACAUAAUCGCUAGUCCAAAUUGCAAUUUAUGCUUUGUUGCUUUGGAAGGACAAGAAGGCCGUUUUGUCGCCGCCGGCGCAUGCGAGCACAUCGUUGUUUGGGAUUUGCGUCUCGGCGAGAAAGCACAAGUUUUAUCGGGUGAAAAAGCACCCGUUACCUACAUCGCUGCCAGUCCAAGCAAAAGAAAUAUUGCUGGUGGUUACAGUGAUGGCAAUGUACAAAUAUUUGAUUUGAAAACAGCUGAGGUGGUUACCAUCUUUUCUGGACACAGGUCAGAGAUUACAUGUAUGAGUUAUGAUAGUUUUGGACAUAAAUUAGCUACAGGAUCAAAGGAUACUGAUAUCAUUGUAUGGGACACGGUUUCCGAAACAGGCAUUUGUCGGUUAAACGGACACAAAGGACCCGUCACGCAAGUGCAAUUUAUGACCAAUCACCCAUAUUUAAUUUCAUCUGCAAAAGACACAUUUAUUAAAUUUUGGGACCUGGAUACACAACAUUGUUUCAAAACUUUGGUUGCUCAUAGGACUGAAGUUUGGUCUAUUUCGCUGAUGAAAGACGAUAGAUAUUUGAUUAGCGCGUCUAGUGAUGCCGAGUUAAGAGUAUGGAAACUUAAUGACCGGAAUGCCGCUGAUAUUGACGAUAUUACAGAGAGUUUACAAUUAGCGUCGUUUGAAGAGAGCGAUGAUAGUGCCGCGUACGCUUUACAAUCGUUCAAAGCUGGUUCGUUGUUGAGAUCCGGAAGGGGUCGUGUUAUGUCUAUGUUUUCCGAUGUGACUGGUCAAGUUAUUGGUUGCCACGGCACUGAUAUGCAGAUCGAGUUGUUUCUGUUUUUGUCUGAUGAUGAUGCGAAGAUUCGAUUGAAGAAGCGGCUUAAAAAGGAGAGGAAAAAGAAUGCAGAUGCAGCAAUGGAAACUGCUGAAGAACAAGUGCAAACGUUAUCACUCCGUGAUGAGGUGAGACGUCUUCCUGCAAUUAAAUUAUCCGCAAAACCAAAGUCUCUGCAUACUGUGCUUGGUAAUGGAGGCGAGUUGCGCGUGACCGUAGUAUUGGCUAAUAACACUAUCGAGUUAUACAGUGUGCAGACAUCUGGAAAAGAAGUUGAACCACGCUGUUUACGCUCAGUGACUAUGCAUGGACAUCAUGGCGAAGUGCGUGCUGUUAAUUUCAGUAGCGAUAACUUGGCUGUGGUCAGCGGCAGUUCUGAGUCGAUUAAAAUGUGGAAUCGCCCGUCGCAGAUGAGUUUGCGCACUGUUGGGUCUGGUUAUGUAUUGUGCACAAUGUUUGUGCCCGGAGAUCGGCAUGUCCUUGCUGGUCUGAAAGAUGGUAGAUUGUUGAUCAUUGAUAUUGCAGCUGGGGAUACUCUGGAAGAAAUUCCAGCUCAUAGUAAUGAAUUAUGGUCGAUUUGUUUGCAGCCUGAUUUGAGAGGAGUUGUAACGGGCGGAGGAGAUAAAACUGUGAAAUUCUGGCAGUUUGAACUUGUCGCCGAUGAAGCGUUAGAGUCCAAAGCUAAGGUUUUAUCUUUGGUGCAUACCCGAACGCUGAAAUUAGAAGAGAGCGUGCUUUGUGUGCGUCUUUCCUCGAAUAAGAAAUUCAUAGCUGUGGCUUUACUCGACAGCACAGUAAAGAUAUUCUUUGUUGAUACAUUCAAAUUUUAUCUCUCGUUAUACGGCCACAAGUUGCCCGUGCUGUGCAUGGACAUUUCGUCGGAUUCGACGCUUAUUGCCACCGGUUCAGCUGAUAGAAAUGUUAAAAUUUGGGGCAUGGACUUUGGUGAUUGCCAUAAAAGUUUAUUCGCGCAUGACGACUCCGUCACAGGCUUACAAUUUGUUAAUCGAACGCAUUACUUUUUCACUUGCGGUAAAGAUGGAAAAGUCAAACAAUGGGAUGGAGAUAAUUUCGUUAAAGUUAUCACUUUACAGGGCCAUGUUGGCGAAGCAUGGAACUUGGCAGUGAGUCCAAACGGACAGUUUGUUGUUUCUUGUGGCGCGGAUCGUGUUUUGCGUUUGUAUGAAAAAACUGAUCAGCCGCUGGUGUUGCAAGAUGAAGAGGAAGAAGAACGUGAAGCACAAGACGGUUUAGCAACAGGUGAACAGUCUGUUAUUGCAGGCCAGCCUGGGAAAACGUUACCAUCAAAGAAAACAAUCGGUAGCGAGAAAGCUGCUGAAAGUAUUCUGGAAUGUUUGGACGUUUCCAAAGAAUACAAGGAAGUGUUAGAUGAACAUGCGGCUUUGCAGGCAGGUACAGCACAAGUUCUUCCUCCACCGGCUGUUCCUUUGAUUAUGUUGGCGUUUGGUGCUUCGACCAUUGAUGAUUUUGUUUUGGAGACGUUGAAGCGGAUACGACCAAGUGACAUGGAAGAAGCAUUGCUUAUCCUUCCCUUCACAUCAGUCUGCGAAUUAAUCCAGUACUUGCCAGCAUUAAUCUCACGUGGAGAUUUCCUCGAACUUGUGCUGAGAGUUGUCAUGUUUCUAUUGAAAAUCCACCACGCACCAAUCGUCGCCAACCAUGCGCUUCUCUCAACACUGACAAACAUUCAAAAACUCGCCGCGCAGAAAACCGAAGAGUUAAAAGACACAGUCGGUUACAAUUAUUAUGGAAUGCAGUUCCUCCAGAGGGAAAUCGAAGCUGCUGAAGGUGUGCGUCUAUUUAGGGACGCGACUCUGGAAAGAAAACGAGGAGAAAAGAAGAGGAAGCAACGCGAACGCACUAAACGUUCAAUAAUGAUGGUUUCAUGAUUACUAAAAUACCUAAUUAAAUUUUGUUUGAAAAUUGAUAAA